ACCGCGUACGCGCUCUUUGCAUGUCCAGCAAGUUAGUCUUAUUUCUAUUCGCGUAUCUCACACUGCGUGCGCUUGCAAUUCCGCGAAUUCAUUUGAUACACACAAUAAGACUCUCAUUUUACAUCUAAUUACUGCAUAAUAAACCGAGUGCGAUCACUCGCAGGUUCAUUGUCUCUACGUGUUUCUCUCCUUGCGCGCGUGCGUGUGUAUGUGUGUUGUGCGUGUGUGCGGUCUGCAUUUUUCUUGUUUACCAUCCACUGCGCGUCGCGAUGGCGAAAUACUACAAUCAGCACCAAUCCUAUCACUACUAUAGUUAUAUUAUGCCGAGGAAUUCAAAAGAGAUCAGUAAAUAUGAGAACAACGGUUCGGCGCGGCGCACGCAGACGUUCAUGUCGGCGGAGGACCUCGCGUCGGGCAAGAAGUCCCUCUGGACGGAGAUGGAGAUAACAGGCACGAUACGCAAUCUCAGUCCUAACUUGUUCCGGCUGUCGCAUCUGACCGCUCUCUACCUCAAGAACAACAUGCUGUCGCGCAUCUCGCCCGACAUUGCUCAGCUGAUCAACUUGCGCACGCUUGACUUGUCGUACAAUAAACUGCGCUCGCUGCCUGCUGAAAUCGGGGAUCUUAUUAAUCUCAGGGAGCUGCAGCUAAGCCAUAACAACCUGCGUAUCUUACCCUAUGAGCUGGGCAAGUUGUUCAAUCUGAUUGUGCUGGGACUGCAGGGAAAUCUGCUGAAUAAGGAUAUCAUGUCCAUCUACAGCGAGCCGAAUGGUACCCACAAGCUGCUCACGAACAUGCUCGACAAUCUUCAAGUAACGACACCAGCGCCCCCACAAAGACCGUGGAUUCCGGUCAGCAGGCCAAUGAGGAAUCGUCCUACCUGUAUAUUUACGGUAAUGUGCUACAACGUACUUUGUGAUAAGUACGCGACGCGUCAAAUGUACAGCUACUGUCCGACGUGGGCGCUCAAUUGGGACUACCGCAAGAAGGGCAUCAUGGACGAGAUCCGCCAUUACAGCGCAGACAUUAUCAACCUGCAGGAGGUCGAGAUGGAGCAGUUCUACAACUACUUUUUGCCGGAGCUGAAGAAGGACGGUUACGAGGGCAUCUACUCACCAAAGUCGCGCGCGAAGACGAUGGCUGAGAACGAGCGGAAGUAUGUGGACGGCUGUGCCAUUUUCUACCGAAGAUCAAAAUUUACGUUAAUUAAGGAACAUUUAGUCGAAUUUAAUCAAUUGGCAAUGGCAAAUGCGGACGGGCUGGAUCACAUGCUCAAUCGUGUGAUGCCGAAAGAUAACAUCGGACUGGCCGCGCUCCUGCAGACGACAGAAGUUGCAUGGGAGCACGCGCCCGAAGGCUCAGCGCUCACGCAACAACCACUCCUGGUGUGCACGGCGCACAUUCACUGGGACCCCGAGUUCUGUGACGUAAAACUCAUCCAGACGAUGAUGCUCGGUAACGAAUUGCGUUCCAUUCUGGAGGAAUCGGCGGCAACGCUGCGUGCGAACGAUAAUGUCACCGUGGACGCCAACGCCAUACAACUAGUACUCUGUGGUGAUUUCAACUCGUUGCCGGAUUCGGGAGUCAUUGAGUUUCUGAGCAGCGGGCGCGUCUUGCAGGAUCACAAGGACUUUAAAGACUUCAGUUACAAGUCCUGCCUGGAGAAGAUCUCCGCGUGCGACAAGCCCGCUGGCGAAUUUACACAUUCCUUCAAGCUCGCGUCCGCCUACAGCGAGGACAUUAUGCCCUACACCAACUAUACUUUUGAAUUCAAGGGUAUCAUCGAUUAUAUUUUCUACUCGAAACAAAGUAUGACGCCGUUGGGUCUGCUCGGGCCGCAUAGCGCCGAAUGGCUGAAAGAGAACAAAAUCGUCGGCUGUCCCCAUCCACACAUCUUUUCCGAUCAUUUUCCACUGCUCGUCGAAUUGGAAAUGGUGUCGACGAUAGCGCAGCAACCCAUCAACGGCAUUAUUAAUCAUAGGUAGCAAUCGAUGAGAAUCGCCUGCAACAACUAGCCAUUGUCGCCUUGCUGUUCAGUACCUGGCUAAAAUCAACACGCAAACAUUUAAAACGAAUGUAAACACAAACAACCAAAAAAAAAACUAAGAAACAAGAGCGGCGACUAACACAGGCGGAGAGAAGCAGAUGGAAACAUUUUUAUAUUUAUUUAUUCGUCGCUGGGCGGCAAGCCAACAUGCGAAAAUGAUGCAUCGAAGCUGGUAACACAGAAAUUUCAAGCGAAGAUUCCUGCUCUCCCAUGAUCCAUUCUUCACCACUUUAUAUUGUAUAUGGAUAUUUAAUAUUAACUCUACUCUAAAAUCGUCUAUCUCUCUUGCAUCGGAGGUGGUCGUGAUCGUCGUCAUGAAAUGAUGAACGUUAGGCGCGCAACCGACAAAUAUCAAUAAGUAGACACAAACACCAAAAUGUAAUAACACAAACAAAAAAUGUUAAGCAAUGAGUAUACCGGUAUCAGGUCCACAUGUGGAGAAUUAUCCUGCCAAAACGCACACAUUUCCUCGUUUCUUUCGCGCGCGUUCUAACACAAACACACAUACACACACAUAUGCACACUGAGAGACAAACAAACAUAAAUAUGAUGAUAUCCAAUUCGCGAGUGCAGAAGUGAGAUUACAUUCUAUACAUAAGUGAAGAACACUUUGUACAUAAAUAAUCAAAUACAAAACAAACUAAAAAUUUCAUUGUUAGUAGGCGUAUCCGAGUCCCGGGACUUUUUAUUAGAGACAAAUUCUCUUAUCUCUCUGAUUUGUUCAUGAUUGAAAUUGGCGAUUUGUGUAAGACUUGCUUAUCAUGUAGAUAGACGUAGAUUGUUGUCCAUCCGAAUUUUUUCUCCUCAAAAACGCAAGUGAAACAAUCAAAUUAAAUAACUGGAAUUGCAAUUUUUCAUAAUAAAUGUCCAAACAAAUCCCGAACGCGCAGAGCAUUCGAAAUACUUUUAGAAGUAUGUAUUUAUAAUUUUAAUUGAUUGUAUAAUGCUAUCCGUAAUACGUUUAAUUGCUUGUCAAUAACUUGAUUCAAGUGAUAGUGUCUUUGUGAUAACGAGAAGAUGCUCUGCGCUGUUUGUUCAGACACCGUUUAUUAACGAAGCACGAAUGCGAUUAAUGUGGUACUUAAACUUAUUUGUUAUUUUCAUUUUUUCCUCUAGGUUUUAUUUUCUCGUUUAGUUAAUUUAUUGUUUCAUGCUUGUAAAAACCGCUAGACAAAUGGAAAUGUUUCGUUUGCCGUGUCGCGCCGUGUUUGGUCGAGAGUCGAGUCGUGGGGUGUUUGAAGCAAACAAAUGAAAAUGGAGAUCUCAAUUUGAUUUAUAGCAUUGUAACUAUUGCAAAUAUUUUCCGGCGAUUUGAGUCGCUUAUUUAUGUCCUCUCUAUGAAUCUUUUUAACUUCUCGACGUUCCUCUUCCUCCCAUUUUUCAAUCCCCCUGUACCUUCGUACGAAUAAUUAAAUAUUUGCUAAUUAAUUAGUAGAAGUAUAUUUAAUGAAAAUUAUGAGGCUGAAUGAAUGAUUAAAACUCAUGUCGUUGUUUAUAUUUUUAUUUGUAUCUGAUUGCAAGACGCCAAUUAUUAUUUUUUUAAAUAUCUGUUUGAAAUUUUACUCUCGCUGGUUGGUUGUGUACUGGACGCAUUCACUUUUAAAUCAUGUGCAUGUUUUGUUUUGCCGGUUGUUUUAUUUUAUUAUUUUUUUAUUAAUGCGAGAGGGCGCAGUGUACGGUGUAUGCGGUGAAAUGGACAAUGGUUAAUUUUUUAAGUGUCGCGACGACUCAAACAUUGAAACGAUUGUGUUACACGAGUUUGAAAAACAAAGCAUGCAAAUCCCAGACGAAUCCCACUGUAAGAGAAACUGAUUUUUGUUUUUGUAGAUGUUCUACAGAUAUUUAUGUACAAUAGAUAAAAUAAGAAAUAAAGUGAUUGAUUAAUUA